CCUAAAUGCCAACACGUGCAGCAAUAUCCAACACAAUUUUCAUAUAUCCUCAACAAAAUCAACUGCUCAUCGUUUCAUUUUCUUACAAUCUAAACUAACCCCCUUCACACACACACACACACACAGAACAAUAACCAACCACUUAUUUUUCUAAAACAAAAUUUCACAGAAUUGCAAUUUUUUGGUUCCAGAAUAAGAAGAUACCAGAGUAGAUUCGAAAAAAAAAAAAUCAAAAAUCAAUCGGGAGAAAAAAAAUAACCCAAAAAGAAAAAAGAAAAAAGAAAAAAAGGCAAGGACAUCCGAAUUCUCACCAUUCAGUCGACCACCUGAAAUAAAAUGCCCACCAUUCCUUUAACUAGAACGGCACCACCAAGACCGCCGUACAUCAGCCACUCUUCCUCCUCCUCCCCAUCCACCACGCUCCCACGGAGGCCAAGCUUUCACUUCUCUUUAUUCGGUUACAACCCUAAGCGCUUCCAUUUCUUGAAGCCAUGCUCUUCUUCACUCAAAGAAACCAAGAAACAACAGCAGCAGACACUCUCCAAGUCUCGAAGUAAUCCCCCCCAAAGUCUCAGGAGAACCCGGAAUUUCAAUCCUAGAGGUGAAAGUAACCAAAAUAAGGGCGGCGAUGCGGCGGAGGGUGGGGGUGGUGAUGGUGGAGAUGACACUGCCGUUAAAGGCACAAUCUUGGCGGGGCUUCUUUUUGUUGGUUUUGUUGGUGGAUUUGGGGCUUUUGGAUAUAUAUACAGGGAUCAGAUCAAUGCUUUCUUGACCCAAUUUUCUGUCUUCAUCGAAGGUUAUGGCCCAGCUGGAUAUGCUCUUUUUAUUGCAGCUUAUGCCGGUUUAGAAAUACUUGCAAUACCAGCCAUACCAUUGACUCUGUCUGCUGGUCUUUUAUUUGGCUCGGUUACUGGGACUAUCAUGGUCUCUAUAAGUGGCACGGUGGCAGCUAGUAUUGCAUUUCUAAUCGCCAGAUAUUUUGCUCGUGAGAGAAUUCUAAAGCUAGUUGAAGGAAACAAGAAAUUCCUUGCCAUAGACAAAGCUAUCGGGGAAAAUGGUUUCAAGGUUGUUACUCUUCUCCGACUCAGCCCAUUGCUCCCUUUUUCCAUCGGAAAUUACCUAUAUGGACUCACCUCUGUCAAGUUUGUCCCAUAUGUGCUAGGAAGUUGGUUGGGCAUGCUUCCAGGAACAUGGGCAUAUGUUAGUGCUGGUGCAUUCGGCCGAGCAAUAAUUCAAGAAGAAGCUGAAAUGGGAUUAGGUGGAGCGGGGAAUAGUCAGCAGCUAUGGACACUCGGACUUGGACUAUUAGCAACCGCACUCGCUGCAACUUACGUCACACGCUUAGCCAAGGAUGCAAUGAAGGAUAUCGAGUAGAUGGAGUGGCAGAACCUACUCGUCGUGUAAAUCGAAUUUGUCAUAUUUAUUUAAGAGAAUUUUAGCCCUUCUCUUUGUAAAAUGUAACACUAGACACUACAAUAUCCUUUUUUUUUUUUUC